AUCCAAUCAACGCCAUCAAUAAUACUCUCUCUCUCUCUCUCUCUCUCUCUCUCUCUCUCUAUCUAUAUAUAUACAGAUAGAUACAGAUUUCUCCUCUCUCCCUACAUAUAUAUAUAUAUAUACAGAGAGAGAUUUGUCUUCUCUCUCUCCAUAUGGCGCAUCAGCUUGCUCAGGCAGAAGUGUGCGUGCCUUGGUCUCUGCAACUAUGGAGAGCUCUGGUGAAUUGGUUGGCUUUUCUCUUCCAAAUCCUUCUCCAGAUCUUCACGAUCACACCUUCCAUGGCUCAGUUUCUCUCUUUCAUAGGUUUUCAACACUCUCUUCUCUCUUCUUCUUCACCGUCCUUCAAGCCCUUGCCUGUCGUCGAGCUCCCCCUCGGCGAGCCUCCGCCGUCGCCGCCUACGUUGUCUCCGGCGCACUUUUUCGUUGACAAAGUCGAAAACCACGGCGGCGGCGAUGAUCACCAAAUCGAGAAAUUGAAGGUGGUUCUCGACUUAGAUGAAACCCUAGUAUGUGCCUAUGAAACGUCUAGCUUGCCUGCUGCUCUUCGUACUCUGGCAGUAGAAGCAGGACUGAAGUGCUUUGAAUUGGAAUGUGUAUGUUCAGAGUUGAAGGAAAGUGAUGGAAAUCCUAAGGUCAGUUAUGUGACAGUCUUUGAGCGGCCAGGUUUACACCAGUUCUUAAAACAGAUUGGUGAAUUUGCUGAUAUUGUUCUGUUCACUGCUGGUCUUGAAGACUAUGCCAGACCACUUGUUGACAAAAUAGAUGUGGAAAAGCAAUUUUGCCUUCGUCUAUAUCGACCUUCAACAGUUAGCACGGAAUAUCGAGAACAUGUCAAGGAUUUGUCUUGUUUAUCGAAACAGUUUAGUCGAGUAGUUAUUGUUGACAACAACCCAUUCAGUUUCUUGUUGCAACCAAUGAAUGGAAUACCAUGUGUUCCAUUCUCUGCCGAACAACCACAGGAUGAUCAGUUAUUGGAGGUCAUCCUUCCUUUCCUCAGACAGCUAUCUCUUCAGAAAGAUGUCCAGCCUGUACUCUAUGAAAAGUUCCACAUGCCCGAGUGGUUUCAAUUGCACGGAAUUCCUGCAUCCAACUUGAGGGUGUGAGACAAACAUUAGUAACGACAAGCAGUGAAUGUUCUCAAGCAACCGAGCUGGUCUGCGUCGUUGCGUUUAUCUGGCAAGCGUCACAUGUUAUUGCUGAGUAAAGGGUUCUCCACUGACCAAAAUUCUUUAAUUUCACUGCAAGGUUCACUUCAAUUCAUUUCGUCCUAAUUUGGUAUGGUGAAUGCAGAAAAGGUUUUGGAAUAGUUGUCAAAAUUUAUCGGUGCCUGUCCAGGAAGGUGUAUUUUGAUUUGUGAAAUUUAUAUAAUUUUUUUUAUCACCAUCUCAUCAUGUGUUUGUAUUGAUU